AUGCAGGUUGCACAGGCUGAGGCAUUGCUGUAUAAGAAAUUGGCCGCGAAGUAUAAAGCACUCAGGAAAGGCACAGCAAAACGAAAUGACGAUAAGGUAAAUGCACUACAGCUUACAAUGAGUGAUAUUGUGUUUUCGGAGUCACUUAUUCGCUUUUUUUCCCACAUAGAUUUUAGGACGUCAGGCAAACGUCGAUGAUGUCAAGAAAAUUAAGCAUGCUGAUUUAAUCGACAUUGGAAAGGCGGAAAAUACGUUGGAGUUUGCCGAAGGUGUAUUUGGAAAGUGUCACCUUAAAAUGUACCAGGGCCAUCUUGUUGUUGCCAAAGAAUUCUGA